AUGAUUAAAAACUCUGAUUUGGAAGGGGAUCUCAUGAUUGUUACUAUCAUUCCGUUAAGAAUAAUAGGAAGUAGAAAAAUAUUUGGGAGUAUAUUGUCAAUUGUAACUCUUUUUAUAUUUUCUUUGAUAUGUCGAUGGUUUAUAUCAAUAAAAUUACGUUUUUAUUACAACGAAGAAAAGGAAAUUUUGUAUGCAACCCAUUUACUUAUUAUCAAUUUACAUGGAGAGAAGGAAAUACACAAAGUUAAAAGGAAUACGAAUUCAAAUUGCAUUUAUUUUAAAUAUAGACAUAUAGAAUAUAACUUUGAAGAUAAUAAAUUUCAUCCUUUAGAUACAGGCUACGUUGGGAAGGAUUUCGACUCAUAAAAUGUAAAUCCAUUAAGUGAAGGAAAAGUUUUUGAAUUAAAUCGAACAUUUGGAAACUGUGAAGUUUUGGUUCCCAUUCCAAGUAUCACUUCAUUUUUUGAGAAUGAACUCACAUCUCCACUUUAUUUCACUUAAUAUACUUCAAUCACUGUCUUCAUGUUAGAGGGCUUUUACUAGUUAGCAAUCCUAUAACCAAUUAUAGCAUUGUUGACAUCUUUAAUAAAUUACAUUAUUCUAAGAAGAGCUAUGCAAUAGUUAAAGAAGAAAGCAGAGAACUAUUAGUAGAUUUCAGUAUUUAGAUAGAAUAUAUCUGGUAAGGUGGAAUGCAUUACAAUCAAUUCAAUUGAGUUAGUUCCUGGAGAUGUAAUCUAAAUAUUCUGUAAUUAAAUAUUGCCGUGUGAUGGUUUGAUAUUAACUGGAGAAGUAUUGGUUGACGAAUAAUCAUUAACAGGAGAAUCAAUUCCUGUGUAAAAGGAACAUGUAACAAAAGAUCUCUUGACUAACUUCAAUUAUUAAACCUACAAAAAAUCAAUCUUGUUUGAUGGAACCAAAGUUUUAGAUAUCAAAAACACAGUAAAGGUUCUAGUCUUAAGAACGGGGUAUUUAUCCUACAAAGGGUAAAUAUUUCGAAAUGCCUUAUACCCUAAACCACCAAAAAUCAUAUUUUUUAUAGAUGCAGUUAAAUUCCUAGUGAUAAUUGCUGCUUUGAUCAUUGCAUUGUAUUUUGGAUUACUAUGGAAGAUGGUUCUAUUAGAUUAUGAUCCAAGUCUCAUUGCUUUGAGAUUAGGAGAUGCAAUAGUGUGGAUUCUACCUCCAAAUAUAGUAACAGUUGUGAAUCUUACGAUGACAGCAACCCUUAGCAGAUUGAAAUUAAAAAAGAUUCUAGGAACUCAACCAGAUAAAACUUUAGAAGCAUCGUAAACAGAUGUUAUUUGUUUUGAUAAGACAGGCACUUUAACAACCAAUGAAAUCAAAGUGAAAUAUGUAUUUGAUGAUAAAAAUAAUAAAGUGUAAUCAAUAUCAGAUAGAUAAAUAUUAUAAAUAUUGAUGUCUUCCUGUCAUCAAUGUUACUUAUUAGAUAAUUAAUUGAUAGGUGAUACCUUAGAAAUUGCUAUGAUAAAUUAUUCAAAACUAAAUAUUUAAUAAGAUAGUGAGUGUAAAUUUAAAGUCAUUUUAAAUGAGAAUGAUUCAAAUUUGGGGAGUUAAGAAAUCACUUUGAAAGUGAUUAAGAUUUUUGAGUUUUCAAGCAACUUAUAAAGGAUGGGUGUGAUAGCAAUGAGUGAUUAAAUUAUAAGAGAGAACCAAGAAAAAAGUCAAGGAGACACCAAGAUCUAAAGUUAUUAAUACUUUUAUUUUACUAAAGGAUCAGCUGAAAAGAUAUCCUAAUUGUGUAUGUCUACACCAGAAGGAUUUAAAGAUUUAAUAACUUAGGAAUCUCUCAAAGGGAUGAGAAUUAUAAGUGCUGGAUAUAAGAGAAUAGAUUCAUAGGAUAUUCAUAAAUCUUAAAAUGAAUUAGAAUAACGCUUGAACUAUUUGGGAUCCAUCAUUUUUGAAAACGAAUUAAAAAACGAUUCAGCAUAAACAAUUGAAGAAUUAAAGAAGGCUUAAUUAAAAAUGAAAAUAAUAAGCGGAGAUCAUAUCUUAAGUUGCAUAAAUUGUGGAAUUGAAAGUGGAAUAAUUGAAUUUUAAUAGUUAACCAUUGUAAUUGAUUAUGAUGUCGAGUAGAAUGAUCUCACACUAUAGGAGUUGAAUAAUAAUCAAAUAAAAGAAUUAGAAGGAAAGAGUAUUAAUUAAUCAUCUUAUGAGAUGCUCUAAUCACUUUUACCAAGUUCAUUAUAUGUAAAUUCUAUUUAUGCUACUAAGACACAUUAGAACUAUUAAUGGGCAAUGAGUGGUUAGGCGUUUGAAUAUCUUAAAGAUAAGAAGAUACUAAAUGAACUCAUCUAUUUAUGUUAAAUCUUUGGCAGAAUGAGUCCAUCUCAGAAGAGUGAGGUAGUGAAAAUACUAUAGGAGCAAAGACUUCACGUGUGUAUGAUAGGUGAUGGGUCAAAUGAUUGUCAUGCUUUAAAAUAAUCAAACAUAGGUAUAUCAUUUUAGCAAUGUGAUGCAGCCUUAACUGCUUCCUUUGUUAAUACUAAUGAUAGCAUAAAUUGUAUAAUUGAAGUACUAUUAUAGAGCAAAGCUACGUCAUGUAAUGUUAUGGAGAUUUUCAAAUAUUAUAUGAUUAUAAAUGUAAGUAAAUAUGUAUCUGCAUAAUUGAUGAUGUAUCAGAUGCAGAAUUUCAACAAUGAAGAACUAUUGUAUCUGAAUUAUUUGAGUAAUAUUCCAAUUGUUGCGUUGCAAACCUUGACUCCUCCUUCUAGGAAAUUGACGAAAGACAAAAUUAACACUUCAAUGAUCAGCUUAUCAAACUUCAUUCCUAUUUUGAUUAUACUUAUCUUUAGCGGAUUGAAUAUGUUGGGAAGUUAUCUAAUCCUUUAUUAUUAAGAAUGGUAUGUACCAUAUGAUAACAAUGAGAAUGAUACAAGAUAUUUCUUUUAUGGAGAUAUGAACACUUAACAGUUCCUCAACAUGAAUAUUUAUUUUUUAUUAUCUUUUUAUUCCAUCAAUACUUAUGGACCGUUUAAGAUACCAUUUUGGAAACAACACCAUUUGAAUAUUCCAGUCUUGGCAUUCUUGAUUUUGGGGAUACUUAUUUAAUUUGUAGAAAUGGGCUCUAUUGAUAAUUAUUUGGGGUUAACAGAUAUCAAGUUGAAUGGCUAAUAUGAACUCAAUUAAUUCUAUUUCAACAUCACAAUCUCAAUGAUAGUUAUAUUGAUAGGAAGAUUAGCAUGGAUUAAAUAAUAUAUAUAUUAAUAAUGA